AUGUCCCCAUCCUCAACGGGUGAAUCUCCUCACUCAGCCUCGGGCGCUUCCACCAGGCAGUAUCCGCUUCCCACUCGUGACAGCUUUAGCAUCGACAUAUCAUCUGCGUCGCUAGCAGGGAUGUCAAACGACGUCGGCAUCAAGUCUCCCCUCAAUCUUAGGACCCAUCGAACGUCCAGCUUCAGCAGAGAGGGCAUGCUCAGCGCUGCUCCAAAAUCCCGGCAUCUCUCACAGUCCUCUGACAACAGGCCCGACAACAUGGCCAAUGGGCAAAGGGUCUCGAGCGACGAGGGCUCAAACCCACUGAAGAGGAGGAAUACUGACGCGGGGGUUGAUUACCCACGUCGCAGAGCCACCAUCGCUUGCGAGGUUUGCCGAUCGAGAAAGUCCCGGUGCGAUGGAACGAAGCCAAAAUGCAAGCUGUGCACUGAACUGGGCGCUGAGUGCAUCUAUCGAGAACCAGGUAUCAAGUUGGAUGCCGGCGACAAGCUAAUUCUUGAGCGCCUUAGCCACAUCGAAAGUUUGUUGCAGAUGAGCAUGGUUAAUGCUCAAGGAAACGGCCUCAACUUGACUCAAGAUUCCCCAUCGAUGAGCAAUGGCACCGGGCUCAGCGGCGAAAAUGUACUCCUCGGUACUAAUGCCAGCGGUUUUGUUCCCAUACCAAACGGUGGAUUCGGGACGUGGUCUGCCCAGCCUACCGGUACCAACAUCUCCACGAUGCCCAAGGUCCACACGAACGCCGCAAUGCACCUGUUGCAGUGGCCGCUCAUCAGAGACCUCGUUUCGCGACCAUAUGAUCCUCAAAUCCUCCUGCAGCUUGAGAUGGCCCGAGAACCCCUUCAUUCGUUGACGAAAACGCCUUGCGUGGACUUGUCCAACACCCAGGCCUAUAUUGAGGCGUAUUUCGAAAGGGUCAAUGUUUGGUACGCUUGCGUCAAUCCGUAUACAUGGCGUAGUCAAUACCGGACAGCUCUUUCAAACGGCUUUCGAGAAGGUCCUGAGAGCUGCAUUGUGCUGCUUGUUCUGGCUCUCGGUCAAGCCAGUUUGCAUGGCAGCAUCUCACGAAUCGUUCCUCAGGAUGACCCACCAGGUCUACAGUACUUCACGGCUGCAUGGUCACUCCUCCCAGGAAUGAUGACAGCAAACAGCGUUGUGGCGGCGCAGUGCCAUCUUCUCGCUGCUGCAUAUCAUUUUUAUCUGGUCCGGCCAAUGGAGGCGUGGAACCUUCUCUGUACCACAAGCACCAAGCUCCAACUCCUCCUUAUGACUCCAAGCCGAAUUCCCAGCCAUCAAAGAGAACUGGUGGAGCGUAUUUACUGGAAUGCCUUACUUUUCGAAAGCGACCUACUCGCGGAAUUAGAUCUGCCACACUCGGGGGUGGUCCAGUUCGAGGAGAAUGUUGGCCUGCCUGGAGGAUUCGAAGGAGAGGAGGCGGAACAGGUUGGCCGAGAUGAGCUCUGGUAUUUUCUUGCUGAGAUUGCGCUACGUCGGCUCCUGAACAGGGUCAGCCAGCUCAUAUAUUCCAAGGACUCCAUGGCUUCCACCACCAGCUUGGAGCCUGUGGUUGCGGAGCUUGACUAUCAACUUACCCAGUGGUACGAAAGUCUGCCCUUGCCACUCCAGUUCCCUUUCACGCGAACUGUUAUUCAGGACCCGAUACAAACAGUCCUUCGACUACGAUUCUUCGCCUGCCGUACCAUUAUAUAUCGGCCCUACAUCUUGGCAGUAUUGGACAAUGAGCAGGCGGUACUGGAUCCUGCGGUACGAGAUUGCUGCCACAAAUGCCUCGAGGCAUCCAUACGACAGUUGGAACACAUUGUUGAGCACCAUGCAGGUCAUAUGCCAUAUAUUUGGCAAGGUGCUCUCUCUGUGGUCUCUCAGACCUUGCUCAUCAUGGGCGCGACCAUGUCGCCAUCUUUACUCGCCAUCUUGCUCACACUGGUGCCUCACCGCGAGGCGCUAGACCAAAUCAUCAACGAAGUUGUGCUGGAAAUCGAACGAUAUGCCGUAUUGGCACCAAGUUUGAACCUUGCGGCUGAGAUCAUCAAGGAAGCAGAAGUACGGAGGCGAACAUUUCUCGGAACCUGA